CGCUUCACUACGCGUACGCGACGCGCCGUUCACAUCUGUCACGUUUCUCACACAAAAUAUUUAUCAAAUUUAUUUCAAUAAAUACAGCUGUAAAUUAUGCAACUAAACAGUGGUUAGAAAUGGACCAACAAUUCUCAUUGUCCUGGAAUAAUUUUCACGGGAACUUGACUAAAGGAUUCGCCGGUUUAUUAGGAAAUGGCGAAUUUGUCGACGUAACUAUUGCCGUCGAAGGUCAUUUGUUGCAAGCACACAAAGUAAUACUAUCAAUAUGUUCACCGUAUUUCAAAAAAAUGUUUCAAACGAAUCCAUGUCAACAUCCAAUUGUUGUACUCAGGGAUGUGACUCACAAAGCAAUGAAAGACUUGUUACAAUUUAUGUAUCAUGGAGAAGUUAGUGUUAAACGUGAAGAUCUCACUAGUUUUAUAGGAACUGCCGAAGUGCUGCAAAUCAAGGGAUUGACAAACAAAGAGACUGAAGAAGAAGAUGAUAGUGAAAGAGAACAAGAUUUACCCAAGCACAGAACAGAAACCCUGAACAAUACACCGGAUGCUGAAUCCUGUGUGUCUGAUACCUAUGACACUGGUUUGAAUGAUGAAACAACACAAAGCAAUGAACUAGAGUUGAUGAAGCAAAGACAACUCAUAGAAAAAUUACAUAGACUCAGUAACCUCAAAAGAAAAUCAGAUGAGUUCCUUCAAAAAACAUAUUUCUCAGACAUACUCAACCCUGAAAAAAGGCCAAAAACAAAAGAAAAACCUAUUUACAAACAAAACAGCCAGAUAUACCCGACCAAUAACUAUGAAAACUUAAAAAGUUUGUAUGAUGACAAUCCUGUAGAUAUAACAUCAGCUUAUAACACACAUUUGCAGAAAAACAGCCCUGAUAUUAAUGAUAAAAACAAGGAACAAUGCCCCUCUGAUAAUGGAAUAGAAUUGAAAACUGAAUGUGAUGACAGUGACAUUAUAGUAACAGACCCUGCUGUGUGUAACACUCCAAAAAACUAUGAGUCAUCAAGGGAUGGGAAAAAAGAUCUAUCUAUACCCAUGGAGUACUCAUCACCACAAGAUAAUCCCAGCUUGAGUUCGUUAUUCAUCGAUCUUAAAAACUUAGUGAAUGGUAAGGUGACUAACUAUGCACCAAGAACUAACACGAGUGACGAGAACCCCAGGCCGACUAUGGAACAUCGCCUUGUAACUAUCCCUCAAAAGGAAGAUGGCAAAAAGAAAUACCCACAACGGUCUUGCCGGCUCUGUUGGAAGAUAGGCAGGAGACGAGACACCAGGUUCAUGUGCAGUGCAUGUGAACUACCAUUUUGUAAAUCACCUUGCUUUGGAAUCCACUUUAAUGAUAUACUCAAAGUAUCUCAGCUGCAAGGAGAUUAUUAUGCAAAUUAACAUUUAAAUACAUAGUAUGCUUUCCCUCAGCCCUCUACAGAGGCAAUAUACAUUACAUUAUUUUUAAGCAAAAGUAAUAUUACAUAUUAUGGAUAAAAGUCUACUAGAAGGCUAGUACUAAGGCCUGCUAUUUAUAUUCUUAUAUACACCAUGAAUCAUAGAUUCAAAUGAGAUUUGGGACCAAAUCUAUAAACUGGAUGUAUGUGACAGAAAAACACCCUAAAAAGUUACAUAACUAUAUUGUAGCAUAAGUUAUGAUUAAAUACCAGUUACAUCUCAGAGUAAUAAAGGUCAUAAAGCACAAUAAAUAAUUAACUGUGAUAGUGGGACUAUGCUCUCAAGUGCCAAUUAAUUGUUAAAUCUAAACUUUUUUAUAAACUUGCAACCAAUUAGAGAAUAUAUUCACAAUUUCGAUAAGUGCCAUUAUGUUUCGCCAUAAAAUUUUAUAAAGACUUUAUUGCUCAUAUUCUAGUCUAUUUAUUGUACUACUUUAAGGUAUUCAACAAUAAUUUUCUGAUAUAAUAAUUAGAAUAGUUUUUGGACUAGUUAUUGAAAUGAAACAACUUCGAUAUCAAAAUGAUCUCUAACAGCAGUUUUAUAUUGUUUAAGAACCAAAUUGAGAUUUACAUUCCUCUUUUUUUACAUUCGUAUUUUUUAUUAUAAUUAAAAUUAAGGUCUCGUGUAAAACAUUUAUUUGUAACGUAAUUUUUCUAUAUUCGAAAACGAGUGCUACUUUUAACGAGUGAUGUUAAUAAAAUAAAAAGUGUGUUUUGAAUGAUAAUUAUUAUAAGCGAAUGUAUUUUUAUAUCCAUAUUUGAUUAAAUGAUAUAUGAACAAAUCAUGAGAAUUUCAUUUAUCUGGAGUUUAAAAAAAAACA